AACAUGUCAAAGAAACGGGGCAGGAAGCGCAGCAGCGAAGAGUUGAGCGAGAGCUCGGCGUCCACCCUGAGCCCCGACCCGGACAACCUGCUUGGCCGCAGAAUCCAGCACAACUGGAGGGAGAAGGGGAGCGUGACCAAGUGGAAAGGCACGGUUCUGGAGCGGCUAACCGUCAACAGCUCCCUUUACAUGGUCAAAUACGACGGUUUCGACUGCGUAUAUGGCAUCGAGCUGUUCAAAGACAGCCGAGUGUCCACCCUGCAAGUGUUGGCUGAGAAAGUCGUGAAUAAUAAGAUCAAGGUGCCUCCCGGGGCAGAGGAGCUGGUGGGACGGGCGGUGGAACAUCUGUUCGAAAAGGAGGAUGGCGAGAAAAACGAAUGGCGAGGCAUGGUGCUGUCCCGGGCUCCCGUCAUGACCCACUGGUAUUACAUCACCUACGAAAAGGACCCCGUGCUCUACAUGUACCAGCUGUGGGACGAUUACAAGGACGGCGAUCUACGUGUCCUUCCCGAAUCGGAGAACAAACACCUACUUCCAGCCGACAGGAAGCCAGGAGAGGAGCCAGAAAGCCUCGUGGGUAAACAAGUGGAGUACGUCACAGAUAACGGGCUAAAGAGAACGGGCCUAGUCAUCUACCAGGUGCCCGCCAAGCCCACAGUGUACUACAUCAAAUACGACGACGACGUCCACAUUCACGUCUACGACCUGGUGAAAACCACCUAG